AGUAUGACUGUGAGGUGAAAACAAAGAUGGCUGCCGCAUAGUUGGAUAAUUCCAACAACACCAAAGCAAACCGCAGUAUCUUACCAGCUUUCACAAUGUUUGGACGGAAAGAGAAGAAAAAGACCCGAGGUGAAGACAGCGAAUUUGCUGCCAAUUUGGGGAUGCUUGGGAGGGCUCCAGGAAUGGGAGGGAUGGAUGAUGAUGAUGAUGAUGACUUGGAGGCAGAACUAGCAGCACUGAUGGGAGGUGGGGCGGCACCUACCAGGGCUAAACCAAGGAAAGCACCGGUGGACAUGUCUGUUAUUGACCGUAUGGCAGCAGAGAGCAUGAAGGAUGUCAGUGAUGAUGAUGAUGAUAUAGAUGAAAAUGACCCAGACCUACUAGCAGAGCUGCAGGCCCUGGAACCUGGUGAAGACACACCACAACCUCAGCCCUCCCCUCAACCUCCAAGAGGUGGACAGUCAUCUGGACUGCAGGCACUUCUGGAGGAGAGGAGACAGAUGUAUGCAGCUGCCAAGGCAAGUGCACAGGCCAAAGGUGAAGGGUCAAAGGUCAGAAGAUUUGACAGGGGACUCAAGACCAUAGAAGGUCAGCUGAAGUCGGCGAGAGCAGGGAAGCCUGUGGCUGAGGAUGACAUCCCUCCUCCUGUAGCUGUAGCAGGGGCCCCUCCCUCCCAACCUGAACCUGCCCAGCCACCUCCAGUACAGCCCACAGCUGUACCAAUUCAACCAAAAGUAGCACCCAUACAGCCAACAGUGACACCUUUACAACCAACAGUAGCACCCAUGCAACCAACAGUAACACCCAUGCAACCGACAGUAUCUCCAGUAAAGCCGCAGGUAGCAGAAGCAACACCACAGGAACCUGUUCCUAUGGAAACAGAUUCAGAAGACAAGAAGAAACUUGCUUUUAUCAGAACCAGAAGAGACCAGUACAAGUUAGCCGCUCAGACAGCCAAGAAAGCAGGGGACAAACAGGCCACGCUCAAAUACUUCAAGACUUCAAAGCAAUUUGAUGCAGUGAUCAGUGCAAUAGAGAGUGGGCAGCCUGUGGACCUGGCCAAUAUGCCGCCUCCUCCACCCUCACUUCAAGAGGUGAUGGCACAGGCCUCCAGACAGCCAAGCUCGACGCAGCAGGCUUCUGCACCCCCACCAGCAGCUGCUCCCCCUAAAACCCAGGAAGCUCCUGCAGCUUCUACAGGAGUCCCCCCUCCCCCUAAAUCUGUGCUGGAGGCCCUGGAGCAGAGAAUGGAGAAGUACAAGAGUGCUAGUGACCAGGCCAAGGCAGAGGGGAACGGCAGCAAGGCACGGAGGAUGGGCAGAAUAACUAAACAAUAUCAGGAUGCUAUAAAGAAUCACAAGUCAGGGAAGCCAGUGGACUUCACAGAGCUGCCCUGCCCACCUGGCUACCCUCCCAUCCCGGGGGUGGGGGCUGCACAGGACGAUGAAGGGCCAGGCGUACCCGGCAUCUCUGUUGUACCACCUUCUCAACCAGCUCAGCCUGCAGCUCAGCCAAGUGGUGCUGCAGGUCAAAGGUCAAGGUCAAAGUCACCACAGCCCCCUGGGAGGUCAAGAUCAAAGUCACCACAGCCUGCACCUAAACAACCUGUAAAGAAAUCACCUAGUGGGGUAAAGUCUAGAGCUCAACAACAGUUAGAGUUUCUCCAGGAAAAACAGAAACAGUUCAAGAUGGCAGCCCUGAGAGCCAAGACUGAGGGAGACAUGGAGCAUGCCAAAAUGUUGUUAAGACAAGCCAAGGGCUUUGAUCCCAUGAUUGAAGCUGCUCAGAGUGGGCUUCCUGUUGACUUGACUAAGAUCCCAUCCCUGCCCUCUGAACCUCUGGAUACUGAUGAGUUCCUGGAUUCAGCAGAAGAAGCGGACCCGUCUAAGAUCGGAGACUCUGAGGAGAUGUAUGCCCGACUUGCGCACACCCUGAAGAAACAGAUCGAGACCUGCAAGACCAGCUCAGAGCAGUACACCCACCUGGGAGAUCUACAGGAGGCCACCAAACUGGAGAGGAUGGGCCAGGCGUCCAGACAGGACCUGGACACUGUGAAGAACGCUCACAACCACGGCGACCCCCCGCCCAGGUUCCACUACGAGACUAGGACCUUCAGACUUGUCAAGAUUAACACGGAGCUGCUUGACAGUGACCUUGAGGUGUCCGUCCUCAGGGGUGUGGCCUACCCCCUGCCAUCAGGAAUCUCUGAACCCAAGGACCUGUACACAUACGUCAAGUUUGAGUUGCCUUACCCCCAUGAUAAACCUCAAGAGAGCUCUACAUCUACGUUUAAGGGAGAUGCCAAUCCAGAGUAUAAGCACACAGAGAAGUUCAGGAUAGACAGGAAGGCCAGGUCCUGGCUGGGGACUGUCAAGAGAAAGGCCAUCAAAUUUGAGGUCUUCUAUGAAAGGGGGUUCCUGAGGAGUGACAAAUCCAUGGGAGAAGCACAGCUGAAGUUGGAAAAUCUGGAGAACAAGGCAGAGGUUCAUGAAAUCAUUGAUCUGAAGGAUGGUCGUAAGACGUGUGGAGGGAAGCUGGAGGUGAAGGUGAGACAGAGGGAACCCCUGACAGGGAAACAGGUGCAGCAUGUGCAGGAGAAGUGGCUCGUCAUCGACUCUGUCAAACACCGACAGGAUGGAGGUGGUGCUGCGACCUCCCCCCAGUCUUCAGGACAGAGCGGGAACCCAGGCAGGUGUAUCUGUUGUUGCAGCGUUCGCUCAAAGAUGUGCUCGGUUGUAUGAUGGGGAGCAGACACUCAGCAGAACUGUGAAGAUUCUGUUGCAUCCCAACAUUAGUUAACCAGAUUAUCUAUUGUGUGUACUGUUGUUAGACUGCCUUGCAGAUAUUUUACAGUGAUCUGUGAUUGUAAAUUAUUUGAAAAGAAAAAUGCAUGAGAUUGAUGCAGAACAGUUUUGGGAUUUGUACUAAACCAGAUACAAUAUGCAUUGCUAUAGUCUUAUUCUAAUGUACAUUGUAUCUUACUAGCAGUAGUAAUGAUAUAAGGCUAAGAGAUGUUUGUAAAAACUCUGAAUAAUGUUGAUGUGGAAAUAUAUUGCAUGUACACAUAUUAAUGGUUACUACCCCAUGCAUGUAUAACAUCAGGGACUGAAAUUAUUAAUAUUCUGCAACAAGUAUUGUUCAAUGUAUAACUUUCCCAGAAUGUGUAUUAGUCAUUGAACUGGAAAUAUUUCAUAUUAUUGUUUUGUUUAUUUUGUAUAUGUAGUACUUGACUGUAGAUAUUUUCUCCCAUAUGUAGAAAGUGACGUGUUCUCUGAAUAUGCUCUUUGUGUGUGUGGUUUGCCAGUACACUGGUCCAUAUAAAGUGCAAUCCCAUUUCAUUCAAGUG